ACAACAUCUGAAAACACCAUGGGGGAUGAACCAAGGUUUGCUCAGGAGAACCAGGAGCGGAUCCACGCUGUUGAAACCUCAUUUGGACCUUUGGGGAAGUCUUUGUGCAAACCCGGUCGGGUUCUGAUCGGAGAGGGUCUGCUGAGGAAGCAGAGCCGCCGGGGGCCACGGCCCAGAGUCUUCUUCCUCUUCAACGAUAUGCUGGUGUAUGGCAGUAUUAUUUGGAACGGCCACUGGCACAAAAGUCAGAAGAUCAUCCCUCUAGAGGAAAUCCAGCUGGAAGACUUGGAAGAUGGUGUGAAAAUGAAGAACCAGUGGUUGAUUCGCACACCACGCAAGUCCUUCUACGUGUCAGCCGCCUCACAGCAGGAGAAGCGAGCCUGGAUUGAACACAUCGAGGACUGCCAGUCCAGACUGCUGCAGAGCGCCGGCCACAGACCCAGGUCCCUCUUCGCCGUUACCUGGAUCCCUGAUCAGUCCUCCGCCAUCUGCAUGCGCUGCACUGAAAAGUUCACAGUGACCCAGCGUCGACACCACUGCAGAAAAUGUGGCUUCGUGGUCUGCGGCGCAUGCUCCAAGAAGCGAGCAGUAAUCGGACACAUUCAUCCGACUAAGCAGUUGAGAGUCUGCACUAUGUGUUUCUUUAGUCUCGCGAGGACAGAGGCAGACUCCAAAGAUGUGACUCGUCUGCGGGGGAACAGCACUGAGAAUACAGGUUUGGAUGAAGAUGAAGUGGAGAGAUCUGGUGAAGAAGAGGAGGCAGAGGAUCAGAUGGAGGACCAUGAUCCAAGCAGGUGGAUGGAUUUGCAGAUGGACUCCUGGCCCCCCUGUGUCUACUUCAACCCCAAGUACACCAGGGCCCAAAUAUAGAAUGCUGCAGUCACUCAGACAUAAGCUGGUGCUGGACUUCAGGUCUUUCUUUAACAUGGCCUCGCAGGAGGUGUGGAGUAGAUGCAAGUAAAAUGACUGACUCAGGCAUAAUACAAGAGAAUAAUGUAUAAAAUAAAACACUUUUGUAGAUCCUGUAUUUAUUGAUGUGAAAACACUUUUCUCAUGUUUGUGAAGUUGUUCCUUUAUGUAGGUCUCAAGCUGCCUUACUAAGAGUUAUUUAAGUCUGAUUCCUGUCAAAUGUGUAUAAAUCACAGACUUAAUGCCUUUGAAGUGAACAAUGAACAAUAAAACACU